UGCCAGUAAAAUGGCGAAUACGAAUAACGUCGCGUCCAAAACGGCCGGUCCUUCAUCGAGCACAGGAUCUGCCACGACUCGUCGCACCACGCCUUCCGUUUCUGUUGUACGGAGCGAAUUCGAGUCGCUGAUGUCCGAUAGCAGCGGCGACGAAGGGAAAGCGGAAGGUAUCAGCGAUUUCGCACUGUUUUCGCCAACUAUUUUCGAAAACAACGACGACACUUCUAAGGAAAUCCGACGUUCAACGUUCGUUGCCGCGCGUGCUCUUACUAUUCCGUCUUCCGCGUCGGUUUACUCCAGGAAAAUGACGAACGCGAGCGAAAUCGUCGAGAGUUGGCCACGACGCGAGUCCGGCGGCAGUCCAGGACCGAGCGAGGAGCCGACAAACACGACGGACAAGGAGCGGAACGAUCCGACGGAAGCUGCGGAACACGUCAAGAAAACUGUUCGCGAUUUUACGCUGAGCGGAGUGCAACCCUUCACGAAGCGGAAAACCUACAGACCGAUUUCCUUCAACCCCCAACCACCGCCACCGCCACCUCCGCCUAUUCCAAGCUAA